CAUCCUAGCGACAGAUCCACUACGAUAAGAUUUAUGCAUAACAUCCUCGUCCCUAUCUGCCUCAUUUCCUUUCAUUCGAGUUUUCGAUACUCACCCAAAUCUAGGGAUAUGACGUUGAACGAGUAAAAGCUCAUCCUCUCAUCUUCACUCAGUCGAACUACUCCAUCUGGUUUUACUAUUUUCCCGAGUCCGCCCCUGUCUACCAGAGAAUUAUCACUCUCUGCCAAAUCCACAUCCCCAUCGUCGCACGUUGUUGCUUCUUCGUCGAGCCCACUUUAUGACAUUAUCAAGAGAUUACACGCCUCCACACCUGAAGAGGAGUGGAUGCAGUUCAACAACAUCUCGCAGAAAGAUUUCGACGGAUUCCUCGACCUGCUGUCAAAAAACGCCAAUAGUAAAUACGCCAGAGAGGGGGAAGAGGGUCAGUUUUUAAACGAGGAAGAAGACAGGCUUUCGAAUGAAGAGGAGGAAGAAGAGGAAGAAGGUGUACUUCAAAACAAGUGCAGAAAGCUUUCAUUAGAAGUGCCAUAUUUUAAAGCGUAAGUCACUUUAUUACGAAGUUCACUUCGUAUAUCUCUGAUAGAUCCUCCAUUGACGAAGCCCAUCGUUACCCUUCUACAUUACCUGUUCAUCAUUCAAGGCUAGUUAGAUUUGCAGGUACGAGUACAUUCCUGAAACGUCGAGCCUUAAUUUCCGAUUGCCUUCUGUAGCACACGACAUAGUAGCAGAUAAGCUUCGAGAUGUUGUUUUAACAGUCAUCAAAUCUACAAUUUCCGCUGCCCCAGAUACUUGCCCUUUCAAGAAUAAGGUACUCCAUGGCAUUGAAGGAAACUUAAGUCAACAGAUCUCAGCUUGGAAAGUCGCUGGGAAAUGGAAAAAAUUCUACCCAGACGUCUCGAUCAAUUUCUUUUUACCGGCUGAUCACGAAGCCAAUGACGAGGGAAAUAUCAUAUUUGAGAUCGGCUAUUCACAGACGCUGGAGCGCUUGAGGGAUUUUGCUAAGCUCUACCUCCUUCGCACGGAUAUGUGUGUAAACAAGGUGGUAAUCGUCAAGAUGGACCCAAAGACACGACAGACAUUUCUCGAAGUAUGGGAAAGUUAUAAGAAGAUUGUUAAGGGCAAGAGAUAUUAGCACUUUCGUAUGCGCAAGUACAAGAGAAACGUCAGCAGCAAGGAUUCUGCAAUGGUAUGCUAAUUUGACAUAUUGAUGACAUAUUGAUGGUUUCAAUAUUGACAAGUUACAGGAGAUUCGAGGCUUAGAUGGCGCCCCCGGUGCCCAAAUAAAUGAGAGUGUGAAAUUUUCAUUAGGUGAUCUGGUUCCUUCAACAUUGCAUGAAAAAGAUCCCGAACUCUUCGACAUAUCUUGGGAAUUACCGAUAUCAGAUUCGUACAAGUUGAUCAAUUAUGCAUUCAAUCGUUACGAUCAUGACGCCGAUGAUCAGGGCUGGAAAGGUCCGAAUACUCCAACCCCUGUAUGGGAUGACGAAAAGGAAAGAACCGCGUCUCAUUCCCCAACAUCGGCUGCUACUUCGCCUUCAGAAGACGAAGAAUUUCCUGCUGUUAAUAUUCGGAAACGAAAGAGUUUCCAUUGGAAGUCAAGUUCUUCUCCAUCUCUUCUUACCUUCACGGCGGAACUUGGUAAUAAUCAAGCCAAUUCAAGUCGGAAAGUUGUUGAGUAAACCACGCAUCAUUCAUCGAAUCUAUCUGCAUACCAUUAUCAAACAUGGAGAUAUUAUCUAUCCCGAUUCCUCCAUUGGGUAUACUCCCACUCAUUAUGGCAGAAUAAUCUGUAGGCGUUGGUACUUGGGGGUAGGGGAUUUGUGCUUCGGUGUGUGUUUGGGUGCCUGUAAUAUUAGCCCUUGGUAUUUUCCCUUUCGAGCUUGCGGCGGCUUCUUCGGGAUUUCUUGCUUGUACUUUCUCUUUCAAGGCUUUCAGUAUCGUUAUAGCUCGCUCGGCUGAUUGAAUCUGUACUUUGUGAUGCUCGAGAAUUUUAAUACAUGAUGUCCAAGAUUUAUCGAAGGAAUGGCUGGUGGAUAAACUGGCUUCGAUCAGUGGAGAUAAUUGUGCCGCGAGGAGGAUUGUCGCAGCGGCGAAAGCAACUGAGUUUUAUUAGAAAAUGGAGAGAUUAUGUAGAAGGAAGCCAUGAGUCCUAAUAGCCUAGCAACGAUCCAAAAAUGGAACUUCUUGCGGAAACUCACAGUAAACUGUAUGCCACGCUGAGCUACGAUAUUCCGUGU